AUGCAAGUUCCGGAAGAGCGCUAUAACAUACUUAUGUCUCGCUACGACGAAUUUGUCGAGGGUAUGGGAAACCCCGAUAUAGCUCCUGUGAAAGUAUUCGAUGCUUUGUCCCAAAAGCAAAAUGAGGAGCUGCUGUUGAUAAGAGAAAUCAGUGCCUAUCUACAGAAGAAGAAAGAUGACGAUAUUGCGAAGCAGAAUCAAACUGAAACUGAAGAAACCGCUGAAAAAGAAGAGACGAAAGAAGGGUCUGAAGAAGAGACGAAAGAAGGGUCUGAAGAAGAGACGAAAGAAGAGUCUGAAAAACAGAAAUCACAAUGA